UUUCACAAUUUUUCACUCUCUAGCUCCCUUUACCCCACCCCCCUUUAAUCACCCCAACCCAAUGCUCCGUCUUCUUCUCACAAAUUCCUCUGAAGGGUUUCAGUUUCACUCAAAUUCCCAUUCAUGUUAGCAAAUCCUCCGUUUUUCUCAGAUCCAUAGCUCACUUUCUCCCGUUUUGCGAUGACGGCGCCGAUGAAACGUGACGAGUCGAAGUCGUUGGACGAGUCUCCGGUUCUCAAAACCGGAACCGGAAUCGGUAUCGGUGACAGUACCGGUGAUCCGUGUUGCAUUGAACCGGAAUUGAACGGUUCGGUUCAUGGCGUUCGGUUCGAGGAAGUUGCUUCUUCGGUUAAGGAUCGUGAUAGGAAUGGAGUUGCUGUGUAUAGGAGGAACAAGAGGUUGAAGAGAGCGGCUAAUGUUGACGGCGGAGAAUCGACUGAUUCGAAGUGUAAUUCAGGUAGUAAAGUUGUAAUUAACGAUGAAACGGAGGGUGUGAAGGAAAUGGUGGAGGUUGAAGUCAAAGAAGAGUCAACGUUGACAGUGAACUGUGCUACUGUUGCUGGGAGGAGGCUUACCAGGUCGGUUUUGAAGCUGAAUGUGGAACCUCUUGAUAUGUCAAAUGAGAAUUUGGAGGCGUUGGACGGGAAAUUGAGUACUCCUGCAAAACAACCACAAGAGAUGGAAAUAUCAAAGAAGAUUUCGAUUAUAGGAAGGCCUACUACGGUUAAGGAGCUUUUUGAGACUGGUUUGCUCGAGGGCUAUCCAGUUUUCUAUAAUGGUGGCAAGAGGGGAAUUCCACUGAGGGGAACAGUCAAAGAUAUUGGAAUUCUAUGUACUUGUGAUGUAUGCAAGGGUGCCAGGAUUGUUCCUCCUGGCAAAUUUGAGAUCCAUGCAUGCAAAACAUAUAGACGUGCAUCACAAUAUAUCUGCCUGGAAAAUGGAAAGAGUCUCCUUGAUGUGGUCAAAGAAUGUAGGAAAGGUUCUUUGAAGAAAUUAGAAGCAACAAUUCGGAGCUUCAUUGGCCCGAUUCCCGUGAAGGAAAAUAUCAUAUGUCAGAAUUGCAAUGGGUCUUUUGCUGCAACUUCAGUUGGAAAAAUUGACCAAAUUUGUGAUUCUUGCAUAAUCUCUCUAAGAUCAGAUGCCCCUCCAACUCAGUCACUAAAAGUUGAAGCUGGGAUAUUUGAGCCUGUUCAGAACAUAAAUUCCUCUGAAAUUUCAACUGCAUCAGAUACUUCUCUAAAAAGGAGUAGAGGAAGAAAAAAGAAAAAGGCUGUGGAAAUAUGUUCAAGGAAAAAGUCCCGUAGAAUAUCUUCAGCACAUAUAAUCUCAGGAAGGAAGGAUCAGUUGAAGACACCAAACAUGUUAUCCAAUCCAGUUCUUUCUCCACAAUCAAAUGGAGCUUCCACGAUUUGCAACUCUUUCAGAGAUAAAAUGCAGAACAAGAUCUCAAAAAAAUUGUCGAAAUCCAUUGCAGCUUCAAAUUCCUCAAAAAUUGGUUCUCUUGGUGUUUCAGUACACUCUAAGACCCAAUGGAAAAUUACAAAGAAGGAUCAGAAAAUGCAUUGGUUGGUUUUUGAGGAAGGUGGGCUGCCCGAUGGGACUGAAGUAGCUUAUUAUUCUCGUGGAAAGAAAUUGCUCAUCGGUUAUAAGCAGGGAUCUGGUAUAUUUUGUUCUUGCUGCAAUUCUGAGGUUAGUCCAUCACAAUUUGAAGCUCAUGCAGGUUGGGCGUCGCGCAAAAAACCCUAUGGAUACAUUUACACUUCAAAUGGAGUGUCUCUACAUGAAUUUGCUAUGUCCCUAUUGAGAGGUCGUAAGUGUUCUGUCAAAGAAAGUGAUGAUCUGUGCAUCAUAUGUGCAGAUGGUGGAAUACUGGUGCUUUGUGAUGGAUGUCCGAGGGCCUUCCAUAAAGAGUGUGCAUCAUUGUCGUCUGUUCCCUCUGGUAAAUGGUACUGUAAGUAUUGUGAAAACAAGUUUCAGAGGGAGAAGUUUGUGGAGCACAAUGCAAAUGCUGUUGCUGCUGGGAGGAUUUCUGGUAUUGAUCCCAUAGAGCAAAUAAGUAAGCGUUGCAUGCGUAUUGUCAAGAACCCAGAAGAGGCAGAAGUUAUAGCAUGUGCUUUAUGCAGGUGUUACGAUUUUAGUAAGUCUGGAUUUGGUCCACGCACGGUUAUCCUGUGUGACCAGUGUGAGAAGGAAUAUCAUGUUGGCUGCUUGAAGAAACGCAAGAUAGCAGAUUUAAAGGAGUUGCCUAAAGGAAAAUGGUUCUGCUGUGUGGAUUGCAAGAGGAUCUAUUCUGCACUGCAAAAUUCGCUGAACUCAGGAGAAGAGAAGCUGUCAGAAUCCUGCCUGGGUGUUGUAAGGAUGAAGCUGAAGGAAAAACGUAUGGAUUUUGUUGGUGAUCUUGAUGUGAGAUGGAGACUUAUAAGUGGCAAAAUUACUUCUCGUGAAACCAGAGUGUUAUUAGCAGAAGCUGUUUCAAUCUUCCAUGAUUGCUUUGAUCCUAUUGUUGAUUCGGCAACUGGACGUGAUUUCAUUCCAUCUAUGGUCUAUGGAAGGAAUAUUAGGGGCCAAGACUUUGGGGGCAUGUACUGUGCUAUAUUGACAGUAAACUCAAUAGUAGUAUCAGCAGGGAUCCUUCGUAUUUUUGGUCAGGAUAUGGCAGAGCUUCCUCUUGUGGCAACACGUAUUGGUAGCCAGGGACAGGGUUACUUUCAGUUGCUCCUCUCCUGCAUAGAGAAAUUGCUCGCAUUUUUGAAUGUAAGAAGAUUUGUACUCCCUUCUGCUGUUGAAGCAAUGUCAAUAUGGACUGAGAAAUUCGGAUUCAAAGAGAUACCACCAGAUCUGCUUGUCAGCUACAAAAAAACCUGUUGGCAGUUGAUUACCUUCAAAGGAACAUCUAUGCUGGAAAAAAUGGUUCCUAAAUGUCGAAUCAUUCGGCAUGAGGAAACUGAAACUGAUGCACCAGAUGAAUAGUAGGUAGCCAAAGAGGAUUCAGCCCCCCCAUUUAUAACCCAUUUUGUAGAGCGAUUUCUGAUCACAUAUGUAUAUUUGAGUCUUCUUUAAUCAAAGAGGGUGAAUUAAACUUUAUAAACUAUGAAUUUUAGAGUAUCAAAAUUUUGUAAACAAGGUUCUUAUUACUCAAAAGUUAAAGGUGGUUGCAUGUUUAUAUGUUAGAUUAUAAACUUAGUCCACAAAGAGUUCUGAUA